GGGGGGGUUCUUAGGCUGGGCGGUUUGAAGGGAAUUUCUUUGUUUGUAAGGAUGAAUCAGAUUGCUAGUUUUUGUUUUUUGUUAAUGAGUCAUCACAUACUCGGUGAUUUAGGAUGCAGUAGAUACCUUCCCAUUCAUUCAUCCAUUCAGUCGUUUGUCCAUUCAUACAGUCACUCAGUCAUUCAGUCGUUUCUUUGACUCACUCGUUUUUCAUUUACUAAUUCAUUCAUUCACUCACUCAUCCGUUCAUUCAUUCGUUCGGUCAGUCAGUCACGCAUUAACUCAUUCAUAGCAGUAGUAGUUAUCACUGAAGGAAUAGAGGGUUGUGGGGGCAGUAAAGAGACGAUGACAUUAAUGGAUGAGACAAUAAACAUCCUUGCAUUCAAAAAGGUUAAGGAAAUUAUGUAUUGUAAGUAGAAACAACGAGGUCACUAUAUGGAGUCUAUACAGGGGGUCAGUAGCUAAGGUGCCAUAUUACCCUCAAAUUAUUUAAAAGAUCGCGGAGAGAAGUGAUGGCAGACGGAAAAUCGGAUGGCGAGAUGAAAUUAGAGGUGAAGAUCGUUGAGAAAGGCUUUUUUCUCGCAGGGGUCUAGUAAUGGAUGCUGAUGAUGAUAAUGGUUAACGGGGACAUAGUAGUGAAAAUGACAGUCGUUCGUAUAUUUAAGUGGACAUGCUUGAAAUGUAUAUUGCAUGUUGAAGGGGCCUAGCGAUAUGUGGAGGGAGGGGUGACGUUUUGUGGCUAGUCAGAACAGGUGUUUCGUAACCUUAGUGCUGGAGGGGCAUUAUUCGGACAGGUUAAGAGAGUAAACAUUAGCUGAGGGCAAGCAUGAUAGUUAUAUACAUACACAUAAACAUGCACCCCUUUAAAAUAAAUGUCCCCAGGUUAUGAAGUUAAAUAUGUAGUAUGAUUACAUGCACAUUAUUAUUGUUAUUGUUGUUGUUGUUAUUAUUAUUAUUAUUAUUAUUAUUAUUAUUAUUAUUAUUAUUAUCAUUAUUAUACAGUAAUGCAUGAUUUUGUUCAGUCUGUUCUCAACUCAGAUUUAAAGUAUGUGACUCCCUUUCAUCUUUAUUUCCUAAUCCUGUAAUUACAUUUUUCGUUUUUUUAUUGGAUUCUAUAUUACCUGAUAGAUGAAACAUGGAAUUGAUAAGAAUAAUGUUGACAGUAUAGAACAUAAACGAUGGUACAUAAAAAAAAAUAUCCCUAACAAGAUUUCGUAUCGUGCUCAUUGACGACAGUUUCUCAUACGACAUCAUGGAUUAGCUAACUAUUCGAUCGUAUAAUAGCAGUGAUAUUCAACCACGACAAUAAAAGUCGAGUGCGUCACCUUAGAAACAGGGAGGGGAGUAGGUAGGAACAGAUAAAGUGAGAGUUUAGGGCACUGGGAACUAGAAGACAAUAACCGUAGUAUCCCUGAGUCGUGAGCCGCGAAACACGCUCGCGAAAUGGGUGACGCUGCGCAGAUCCUCCACGACCCUGCCCCGGUCAAGGCUACGGCCACAACACUCACACAUGACUCUGACAAGGGCUGACCUCUCGCCCGCCGCUUCUCCGGGGACUUUCAUUAAUUCUUUGUUUGCUGGUGCACCUGUCUAAGUCUCCCGCGGUUAUUCUAGCGGCAGAGGCGAGGCGGAAGAGAGAGAGAGAGAGAGAGAGAGAGAGCAGGUGGGGCCACGCUCGCUGUCGUGGCACCGCAUCCCCCCCGCCUCGCUGAAUAACCUACGCCGCCGGGGAGGGGCUGGGGCAACCUUGGAGAGAGAGAGAGAGAGAGAGAGAGAGAGAGAGAGAGAGAGAGAGAGAGGAAGGAAAGGGGAUGAGAGGGGAGUAAAGCAAAGCAGCAGACAGCAGCAGUCCCGGGCUUGGCGCUGGCUGGCUGGCUGGCUGGUCUGCAGGUCUGGGCUAGUCCUGCUGCCUUUAAUCGAUCCUUCCUAGGGAUAAUUGUUCAUUAUUAAUGCCUGCCAAUUAUUCACGCCGGGAAUCUGCCAGGUAUUUCCCGCCCCACUCACCGCCCGUCUGCUGCAGGGAGGUGAAGGAGCAGGGCGAGGGCAGGGCGGGCACGACAGGGAACCAGUGACAGCUGACAGGGGGCAGAGAGGACAUGUUGGUAGGGAGAGGCUGGCAUGGCAUGUGUUGGCAGCUCAGUGAUAUCUGGUGACAAGGAGACUGGUAGUGGUAACGGAGAUGGACUUUUUCGUAUCAUGAUCAUACUGUUGCUGUUUCGCCACUAGUAGAACGCAUGUAGGCAGGGGAUGGUUGGUGUUCCUAGUAGCAGUGGUAGUGGUGGUUGAGUUUGCUGUGGACGAGAGAAGGAAAGGUUACUGAGGACGAUCACCGUUUGUUUCCCUGUGAUUUGAAAGUAUCAAUAAGAUGACCAUACAAUAAAUAUAACAUAACUCUUGAUUGGCUGGCUCUCAAAAAAAUUGAGGUUGGUCACACAUGAAAUUUUCUUUUCCGAUUUCCCUCCUACUACAUUAGUUUUUUUUUAUUCUCUUUGUAGUUGUUGUUGUUUGUCUGUCUUCCUACUCCAGUUUUUAUUGUUGUCUUGGGAGUGGCACUAAAAUAUUUAUCACGGUUCUUUUCUUAGGUUCUUUUGUCCUAGUAAGAAAUUUUUAUUUUUAUUUUAUUUUACUGGGUGAGUGCUUGUUUGUCUUGCAGUGUAUCAAACUUGUUUGGCGAUUCGAUAAUGGCUUAUGGCUAGAUGAUGCGUUGGUGUUGUGGUGAUGAUGCCAGGUUGUUAGUAAUGGUGUGGGUGGUAGUGAGUGCUGGAUGAAUGAAUUGGAAUGGUGGUGGCGACGGUGAUGGUGGUGGUGGUAGCAGCGAGGCCUAGACAAAGGUUAGGGCAAGGUAGAUGGUGGUGAGGAUUGGGUAGAUGGUAGUGGCAGUGGUGAUGAGGCGGACAGCUGCUGGUGGCGAUAGUGGCGCCAGAAGCAAAGGCUAAACGGAUGGGUGGGUGGUGAAGGCGGUGUGGCGGUGGUGUUGAGUAUACUGAGGGCGGUGAGGGGUGGACAGGUGAUGAUGAGGGAAAGUGUAGAGGACGGCGGUGGUGUGUGUUCCCCGCGGCAUUAUUGAUCCCACUGCGCAUGAAUGGCGGGGCGGCCAGCCUUUGUAUCCACUCACUCACUCACUCCGCCGCCACCACACGCGCCCCCACCCCCUCCUCGGUCACCUCCCUUACCCGCCACUGCCAUCACCUCUACCUUGUCCCUAGCUCACGUAUUUUUCCAUUUUUCUUUGUCCUCCUGCACCCCCGUGAGGCGUGCGGUGUGGCGAGCCAGCUUGGUGUAAGGAUGUAGCUGGGGAUGGGGAUGGUGAGAGGAGAGAGUGAGGGAGGGCCAGCAAGGAGGAGAGUGAGGUGGGCUCAGCUGGUUCCCCGGCGGUGUACGGAAAUGUGUGCACAGGGGCGAUGCGCUGUGGAAAGGCUGAAAAUGAAAUUGAUUUAGUGCUCAGGUCGGGUGGCACCCCUCUCCCUAUCGUCUGCGACUGCGUCAGAAUUUGCACGCACUCCGGACACGCCUUCCCGGCCCUGGCCACGGUUUCAGUUACGUUGCUACCUCUAGCUUCUCUUAUUCGUCACUCUAGCCGUCGUUGGGGUGCCCCUGACCUUGUAGCCUGGGAAAGUGUGAAGGGAGGAGCUAAACUGUGUGUAGGUGUGGUGCGUAGUGAACAGACCGUCACUUCGUUGCCAAGAGGCACUACUACCUGCCUUCUAUGAUACUACAUUACCCCCACACGCCACCACGCUGCCACCCUCUCUCUCUUAUACCGAUCGCCCUUGCUGCCUCAGUCUGACAGGCUCGCUCUGCACACUGACGUGCAGUGCAGAAUGCUUCUCCGAGCACUUGCACCCCUCAUCUACCCCAGCUAACCGCAAGACUUUGCUGUAUUCAAGACAUUAGUAUGGCAGAAAUGUAGCUUGCUGGAACCAUUAGAGUGCCACCGUGAACUCUAGCAACCGAGUCGAGAUAAUUUAGCCAAUUACUGUAAGUGCGAGGAAUCGGACGGGUGUCUUACUACGCGCGUUGGCUCCCCCUUCUCCCCCCAGCGCCCCUCCCCCGUGCGUACUCUACACACAGCCGCCGCCGCCGCUACACAGAGCCAGACUUCUUGUCUGUGCUACUGCUCUCCCCCGCCCACCUACACGGCCCAUGGAACUCCGAGUAUCACGUCGCCUCGUUCGUCAGCGGAAUGUGAUAGUGGUGUAGCCAGCGAGCACUCGGAGCUGGGAGUGUAGGGUGCCAGUGUUGGUGGUGCUUGUGUCAACUGGAGUGGCACUCAUACGCACCAGAGCUCCUCCGUGGCCUGGGGAAUGGCAUCGGACGUGACACAGGCGAGAAUACUAACUCAGUGCCAAGAAGUGUGGAGGCUGGGCUUCCCUCACGGUGCCGCACAUUCACCCCAGCCACCACCAGUGAAAAUUACUACGAGCACUACCAUUGCUGCUUCUUCCCCUGCCGAGGGGAGUCCGAGUGUGUGGGUGGGCCGACAGGGUGCGUGGAGGAAGGAACAGCAGGGGAGCAGCAGCGUUCCACGGCCCCUUUCAGCCUUGGCAACGAAACCUUGCAACAAUCAGCUCUGCGUGCACUAAUAAACAAAGUCACCCUUCUUCCGCCGCCGUGGCCGUGACUCUCGCAUCGGGCACCAUGAGCCACACAGGGCACACUUGCAUCCACUGGACUACUAACUUAACAAGUCUCUGUCCAAGUCUUGAUGAGGAGGUAACAUGUAGCCGACUACAGGAUCUUCCUGACUUGUGGGUGCGGUGCAGAGCAGCGGAGGUCAAGAUGGAGGGUCCUGACAGCCAGCCCCCCCAAAUAUCCCCCCCUUUACCACCACCAACCAUAGCAGCAGAGGCACCCCACCAGUCAUCACCCCCACCACAGACCUCCCCCACCUCCCCACUACAGUCACUGCCCCACACACCACUUCGCCACUCACCCCUGCCCCACACCCCAAUAACCCCACAUACACCCCUACCUCAUACACCCCUCACCCCACACAGUCCCCUCACCCCUCUCACCUCUCAGAGCACCUUAGCAUCAGAGGCCUCUGUUGACUCUGGUGUAGCCUCAGCCCACUCACUGGACAUGCUGCACAACAGUUGCAGCAGCGUUGAGACACAUGCACUGAGGCGUAGGGCUGGAAGCAGUGUAAGCAGUGGGACCAGUGAGGGAUGGCUUGGUUCCCUCGAUGGUGAUCCAGCUGGCCUGGAAGUCCUCCCAGAGCUGUGGCCUCACUCUGAGAGUCCCACAGCCCAAGGACACAGCCUUCCGCCCUCCCACAACAGUCCUGCAUCCUCUGAACACAGUCCCUCAGCCAGCCAUCACAGCCCCACACAAUCUUGCCAUAGUCCAGUAACUAUGCACCAUAGUCCCACCACCACAACAACAACUACUACCACCACCACCACCAUUCAGUACCACCUUCCUCCAUCAUCAGAAGCAGCAGACAUCAAUAAGGCCGUUGUGCCCGGUGACUGUCAGGACUCCGAGAGGCACUCCUUAUCCCCAAGAAACAAUCCCAAGGAAGCUUUUUCAUCUGUGAUACCACUUCACCCUAGUGCCCUAAGUCCUCACACAAGUCCACUGAGGCCAGGAGUGGUGCAGGCAAGAAAGAUGAGGCAAAAUUUUAUGAUAACAGUGAACUCUGCUCCAGUUACGGAGUCACAGUGCAAACAAGGUUUUACUGAUUAUGGUUGCACAGGUAAUGAGGCAUUUUAUGAAAACAAAUUUUGUUAUGGCAAAGAUAAUUUAAUAAUACAAGAAAACUGUGGGUUAAAUGGUGUACUGAGAAAAAUGAAGGAAGCCCACCACCCUCCUAGUGUUAGUGAAGUCGAGCAGAUGGCCCGGGAAUGCAUUUGGAUUGACAAGUUUGCAUCCUUGUUUGUGAAGCACAUUAUAGAAGAAGCCCUGUCUGUCAGUUCUUAUCGAGGGUGGUCCAUCAAAUGCUCCGGCCAGUGUCAGCGUGAACAGUGUCGUCAGGAAUAUCAGAAGAAGGAAAGCAGCUGGUGGAGUGUUGGGGGAGGCAAGGGGAAUCGUAAAUCCAGCAUCCCUCUAUUAGGUUUGUCCUGUGGGAGUCCUGGUCUAUGUUGGACUCCAGAGUUACCAUAUAGUCCCUCACAUCGACCACACUCCAGGUCCUCUCUGGGGUCAAGCCUCUCCUUUUCCCAUGACUCACUGGUAAGCUCUGGCCCUCGCAUGGAUGACUCUCACCUUAUCACUGGCGCUGUGUCACACGAUGCCUUGCUCUUUCCUACUUCUAAAGCCUCCCACAGUGAUGUUAGUGACAUUUAUAAUGUGCCACUGGAUGGAGAUAUCUAUGCAGUGCCAGUAGAUGUAGUGAAACCUAAAGAGGGCCAAAUUUUACACCCAAAGGCCAUUAUACAUCAUCCCAAAAAGAGGCACCACAGGAGACAUGCCAAGAACAAUGCUAGCGUUAGUGCCACCUUGCUGCAUGACAGCAAUUCAAAAAAAGUUAGCAGCUUUGAUCCAGUGUGCAGUACCAGGCCAGCAAAGGAUAGUAGUGUCAGUAGAAGCAGACAACACUCUGGCCAGUCUGUUACCUCAGUUAGUGGUGGUGACAUACUGAAGGCCAGCAAACGUCACAGUGUGCCCAGUAACAUUGGCUGUGCUCUCAGCAUGACUCCCAAGCAUAGUUCCAGCAAGGAAAACCAUGAACCAAUACACAUGACUUUAGAAGAAGUGAGGAAAUCUUUCCAUGAGUCUGAUGACACCAUAAACUGCAACAAGGGUAGUAGGGUGCAACAAAGUAAUAAAAAUAUAAAUGAGCAGUCAAAAAUAUGCAGAAUUAUACCUUUCAAUGCAAUGAAGUCAUGCAAGAGAAAAGACAGUACUGAAAACAGACUUGAUGACAACAGAAAAAAGGGCAGAAGUAUAUCAAGUAAUAUCCGUAACACUCUUAUUACAAUAUUUGGCCUCAAGAAAGGAACCAAGUCCAGUGGUACAAGAUUAAAAAGUGGGAACUGUGUGGAUGCUGCUACUCAGGGAUUUUCAGAAACUGCAGGCAAUGGAACUGCAACCCUUGUCUGCUCCCCCACCUCAGGUCCACAACACAACCAUACCACAAACCCAGCUUCAACUACAGUCACCAGAAACCAGCAAAACAGCCAGCAGAACCACCACAGCAACCACCGCCAUUCCAAUGGCAUAAACACAGGCCUGUUAUCAUGCCUGGGUAACCUCAGGGCUGAGACUGAUGAACAGCCUGUCAGCACACCCAACAUCCCAACACAGACUGUGGCCCCAUCCCGCUCACCAGCCAUAGUGACCAACAGGGCACUGCCUCCACUACCUCUGCCCACGUCAGGGGAGAACGAAACUUCCCCAAAAACUCCUGAAGCUGAAGUUGGGGGAGAACGAAGGGAAGAAGAAGGCUGUGAUUUUGCAUCUAUUAUAGAAAAAGUUAAGGAUUGUGGAUGGUACUGGGGGCCCAUCAGUGGGGAAGCAGCAGAGAAGGUGUUGGCCAAUGAACCUGAUGGAUCCUUCAUAGUGAGAGACUCUUCAGACCACCAUUACAUUUUCUCCCUCACCUUCAAGCUUAAUGGCUUCAUCAGACAUGUCAGAAUAGAGCAUGACCAAGGCAACUUUAGCUUUGGAGGAUUCACAAAGUUCAAGAGCCAAACUAUCGUGGAAUUCAUAGAAAAUGCCGUGGAACACUCACGCAGUGGCCGCUACCUGUUCUUCCUUCACCGGAGGCCAGUCCUGGGUCCUAUGAGGGUGCAGCUCCUUCACCCUGUCUCCAGAUUCAAGCACAUUCAAAGUCUCCAGCAUCUUUGUCGGUUUGUGAUAGUGAAGCAUGUUCGUCGGGACCUAAUCAGUGAGCUCCCCUUACCUCAGCGGUUAAAAGACUACCUUUGUUCUCCCCACUACUACUCGGAGAGAGUUGAACAGUGCAUGGCAGCAGCCGCUGCUGCUGCAUCUGAUAAUGAAGACAGUGCUUCUUCUGGAGUUGCAGAUGAAGGAAAUGGUGUUCCCAGUCAGGUGCUUCACCCUUCACUAGGAGAGUUAGAUGACAACCUUCCUGUUUUGCCUGGUCUCAUGCCAAGUUUUCCCGGCGUACCUCAGCCUGUGAUGGACCGUGCCUCCCAGACCUCCCAGGCCACUUCCCCCAACCCCCCGCUGUCCAGCCAGGACCAACCACUUGACAAUAUUCACACCUGUAGUCUUCAGGAAACUGACUCGACCCACACUGUAAGCAGCACACUCCAAGACGCAGACCACCUCACCAUCAGCACAGCACAAUCUUUUUCCGAACCCAACCACCACGCAGUGACUUCCCCAGUCAGAGUUGAUGAAAAUUCUAGAACAGCUACAACCACUUACUCCCCAACCUGUUGCUCACCUGCACAUGUGGAGCCUGAGACUUACCCUGCAUGCUCACAGGUGACCCAAACCAGCCAGGCUCAUACUGCCAGUGCCUCACCUGCCCCACAGGGUAACCUUGCCUUUGCCCACCAACACACGACCAGUGCCAGUGGGCGCCUCUCACUCAACUCCUCAACGAGUGAUGUGCAGGACAAUACAAGUUCACUUAAUGAUAGAGCACUAACAUUAAGUGAAAGUAGUCCCAGUGAUGCAGAUAGGAUAAUUGCUGAUGCAACAGUCUCUAGAGAAUAUUUUAGGAUCAAUCCAUGCAGGGGUUUGGAGGAUCAUGUAUUUGAAGACUUGGGAGGUGUAUGAAAUCAAUUAGUCUGCUGAGUAGUAUCUAAUAACUAAUUUUGAAGUGCUGUGAAUCUAAUUUAAGGUUAGCUACUUAGGCUGCCAUGUUCCUCUGUCAAUUAAUAUUUGUUUCUAAUUUUGGUGGAAUUUAAUUUAGAGAGAAUUUAUUUACAAAUUUAUUUAUUUAUUGGCAAGUAGGGUAUAUUUAAUUUUCUUAAGACAACCAAAGACAUCAGAAUUCUAUUUUCUAAAUUCUCUUAAUUCAGUUAGGAGGCGCAAGACAAAGUUUUGCAGAAUCUCAUAAAUAAUCUCGUAUGUUUUCCCUUAUUUUUCACCUAGCUCACAUACCUUUUCUCUAAUGAGUAUGUUUUAUGCAUAGUGCCAUGCAGGAAGAUUAGACCGCAGUGAAGCUUUGCAGUCUGAAUAUUUUUCCUUUGUGUUAAUUUAUUACUCUGAAGCAAGACAAAAUUAUAGAAUUUUCCUGUGGAACAUUGUAGCCUAUCAUGACUGCUCAGUUCCUUUCAAUCAUCAUGACACAAUUAAUUGCAUUAAGAUGUUUCUUUCAUUUUUGUUACUUGUUAUUAUUUAUCUAUUUUGGCCACUUGCAUUAUGAUUGCAAUUGUGAUUUUGAAACAUUUGCCUCAUUCCCUGAAGGAAGAGUAGUAAAAGCAUUUUGGCCUCAGUUUAGACAUGUAGUGAGCUAUGUUAUCUGAUGGCAUCUAUGCAAGCAGAAGUUUGCCAGUACACUCACUUUUCAGUGUCAAUGGUUCUGGUUGGAAUCUAGACCACUUAGGAAAUGGGAGUUUUUUGUUGCAUUAAUCACUAAAGUCAUUGAUGCCUGUCAACUUCUUGCUCACAGUUUGCUGCACUUUAGAACCCUAUUCCUUAAAACAGGAUUAAUUUACUAGUCACAGCACAAGACACACAACUUUACCACUAGAAAGCAAAUGCCAGGAUUAGCUUGAUAGGUUUCAACCACGACAGACCGAACCUUAUAUGCCGUAAAAGUUUAUCCACAGGAUUAGUACAGGACACCCAUCUACAAACCGAUCUCAUUCUUCCAGCUUUCAUUGCACAGCAAGGGAGACAGAUUACAUUCACUUUCUUCUUAAGAAAUUAUUUGUAUAGAAGCAACAAAAAAUUGGUAUGCUGAACAGUGUGCACACUAAGUUUAUUGGAACAUGGAUCAUUAACUGUACAGUACUAGUAACCCGAACCGAUGUUAGAGGAUGGCAGGAUGCUCAAGUCUCUGCCCUCACCUUGCAGGUUUUUAACAUUCUUGGUCUGACAUCCAUUUGGGAAAAUAAUUUGCUCAGGAUUCCCAGUGAUUCAUCCCUACCUGUUAUCUGUCUGGAGAACAAUUCUGAAACACUGACCUUCCCCCUCCAAAAAUAUUAAAGGUCUCAGAGCCUUGGAGCUGGACCCUGUGCCUGUCCAGGUCCCAGUAAAUACUAGACAGGCCUGUUUGGCUGUGUGAAAGGAGUGAAUUUGAAGAUUGAAUGGUGUGUCACUGGAUGCCUGGCCCAUUUCACUGGGUAAUCUAUUUUGUCUUUAACUUAUUUCUCAUUUUCUAGAGUCUGGACCCUUCCCCACCCUGUUUCAUUUUGGAAACAGGUUUACUAAUAAUGGUGUAGAAAAUUGUUGUAAUUAAAUUAAACAGCUUUAUUGAUUGGUUCUGCUUAUCAAACACGGGAAACUUAAUUAAUUUGGUCAGUAAGAGUGUUCCAGAGUUGAGAUCCAGGCAUUUCCAUAAGAACUGUCUGUUGCACUUCAUGAUAAGUCCAUAGUAGGUCUGUUCCCCUUGUUGUUAAAGCAUAUUUUAUAUGCUUAUAUGUCUUAGGGAGAAAUUUUGAAGUGUUUUCUUGCAGAGCAGCACAGUGAUACGCCUGUUAUCUUGUUAAAUGUUUAAUUAGUGACAAGACUUUGUUAGCAAUGGUUCAGGGCAGAGUUUGUGCUGCUGCUCAAGAAGAGGCCUCAACAUGCAGCCCUCAACAACGUGUUAACAUUGUGAUAUGGGAUUUCUCUAGUGUGUCUCAACAUUGCCUACGUGACAUGUGAAUGAGGCUAAGGAGUUGGGGCUCACUAGUACUUAAUCCAGUAACAGAAUAGUGCUAUAUUAGCAGUGUUUUAUCAGGAAAGUCUGGAUGAAUAGUAACUAUUGAUUAAAGCAAACCAAAAUGUGCCGUGUGUUGUAUACGAGGCUAAUAACAGGUGGUGUUCAGUGGUUGAGUCUCGGUAACUACUGAUGGUAAGUUUUAGGGGAAUAACGUAAGUAUAGUAAGUUAAGCAGGCUUGAAUCCUACUGUCCCACUCAGCUUGUAGUUGCUAAUGCAACUUUGGAAGUUAUUGAUGACAAUGUUACUACCAUAUAUUUCAAUUAGUCUUCAGAUCCUUUCAUCUUGUCUCAGCUGGCAAUGUCUAGUGGUAUGUAGAUAAUCACUUCCACAUAGAUUGCCUUUCUGGGCAUGUCAUAUUUCACUCUGAAUUCAGUAGAACCACCCAAGGUAGGAAGUUUAAUGAGAUGAAAAAAUGUAGAUGAGAGAUGCUUGUCGAAAAAUUUUGGUGGCUAUGGUCACACACGGGCACUUAACAUGUUUUGAACGAACUGGUUUGUGGCGGAUAAAGGAGUUGGACGUGGAUUGUAAAGUUAUUAUUAGGGAGAUGCUAAAAGAAAGCACUUGUUGGUAUCAAACUGCAGUUUUGAUUCAUGUAUGUAGUUUUACAUUGAGGGUAGGCUGAGGAUUACCAAAGAAAAGCAAAAAUAAUGUCUCAUAACUUUAAUCUAUGUAAUUGGAUAUUGUUCAUUUAUUAUUAUGAUUUGCAGCUGGGCAAAUUUUUCUUGUUCUGUAUAAUGUGGGAUGUGAUGUCAAAAUAUAGUAGUGUUCACACCUCGGCCAUGUAUUGCUAGAAACCAUCUUUGAAGGAAUUUUUUUUGUGUGAAAUUAUAAUCUGAAUACAGGGAUGUAUGUAUAAAUGGAAAAGAGAGUCUUUGUAUACUUCUUAUUGUUACUUUUUCAUUUAUAAGACAAACAAGGAGCAGACGACAAUAUUUUUCAGGGGGAUGAUUUUGCAUUUGACCUUGAUGAAGCUGUGCUCUCUUUGAUGACCAGACUUUUUUGUCUUAGAGAGAGGGGCUAAAGUUUUGAGAGUACCCUGAGGUUUGUUUAUCAUGUAAUGGCUCAAGUUUUUGCAUUUGUUGGUUCAGUAGAAAGUUGCACUUGUAAGUUUCUGUGCCUCACAGCAUAGGAAUUCAUCCCACAGCCUCAUAAUAAUAAUAAUAACAAUAAUAAUAUUAAUAAUAAUAUUAAUAAUAAAUAGUAAUAAUUAUGAUAGAACACAAAGAGUUUUUGGUAAUGGUGUGUUUUGGCAUUUUUAGUAAUAAUAGGUUGAAGUGCUUGUGUGCCAGUCACUUGUCACAGUCUUGUUCCAAGCCACCAGGGGUCAGUUCAUGCAGCAGCAUAAUACUUCUGGACUUUUCAUUUUUACAUACUUUUCUUUCUCAUACUUGGAUUUAUUUUUUUAUUUUAUAUUAAUUUAUUUUUUUCAAUGUUACCUCCGCUUCAGAUCUGGAACAUGCAGUUUCAGUCUCAAGUUAGUUUGGUGUACCAAUUUGACACCUGCAGUACAGUACAGUAAUCCUGGUGUAAUAACUCCCAUGUGCUUGUCAAUAAUACCUGGUAGCUAUUCUUAAAGUAGUCUAGAGUCCUUCCUUCCAAAGCUUACACUGUCCAUUUGUAUGAAGGUAAUGAGCCCUUCUAGGAUCACUGUGCGCUGAGGCGGCAGUCCACCAGUGGAGUGAAUUUGGCCUCCUGACUCUAAUUGCUGGACCUUUAAACCAGAUGAUGCAGUGGAUUAGAGUCAGGGAGCUGACACACAGUCACUCUGUGGUGCCCUUGUCUGCAUUUGUGCACAAAGGAAGGCAAACAGCAAUACUUGCUCACAUCAACAUGACAGGCAGCUCUACUUCAGUAAAUAUAAGACUGGCACCAUGUACCAAAACAACUAAUAAAUCCAUUAUGUGAUCAUGGCUUGUCAUGGCUCAUGGCACAUGCUGUGCUCAACAGUGUAAAAGACUAACAGUGGUGUGUGGUUGUCAUAUUCUUAACUGAAUGGUAGCUUGUUUGGUAUGAGCCAUUAACUUGAGUAUGUGAGCUAUACAGGCAGCUGUGACAGUCAUUAAUGACCCCAGUAUAGCACUAACACUGAGACAUGUUUUCUGCCCUGCUGUUGUUGUUGUUAACCUGUAAGAAGUCGUCCUGUGUCCAGCAAAGCUCGGCACGCCCCCUCCAUCACCCGCUCCAAGAGCAGAAUUUUGUGUAACCCACCAAAUACAGAUAUCAUGCUAC